AGAAAGAGAAAUCAGAAAUACAGCUCCGCCUCCCUCGGGAUCAUACCUGUCCGCCGCCAGCUGAGUCGUUGACUCCAUUUUACUUUCCUUUUUUCUCUUACAUUUUUCACCCACCGUUGUAGCCGAUUCAUUAUGAACCCACAAUCAUAGGUGUGUUUGGAUAGCAGUAAACAGUUAAAGCGCCGGCGGCAUUACCGUUUUACCUUCAUUUUUUGUUUUCUAUCGUCAUUGGUGGUUGAAGAUUCUCCGGUCGUGUGAUUGGAGGGAAUUCGGUUUCGUCGGAUUCUGCGGUUUUUUACUUGCUCUUUUUGUGUAGACUUUAUCAAACAGUGGAAUGGGUGUUCUCUUUUGGCAGAUUGAUUAGUCUAUAUCGAGUAUAAAGAUACAGCAUCUCCGUGCGUGUGUGUUAGGGGACGGAGAGAACGAGUGAUGGGGGUUUCGGAUAAUACCAGAGGAUUAGUAUUGGCAAUGCUGUCGAGUUUGUUCAUUGGAACGAGCUUUAUUUUGAAGAAAAAAGGUCUUCGCCAGGCUUCUGCUGCUGGUACACGCGCAGGUGUUGGAGGCUACACUUACUUAUUAGAACCUCUUUGGUGGGCAGGCAUGAUUACAAUGAUUGUUGGAGAGGUUGCGAAUUUUGUUGCUUAUAUUUAUGCUCCAGCUGUUCUUGUCACUCCUCUUGGUGCAUUGAGUAUUAUUGUUAGUGCUGUUCUGGCACACUUUCUGUUAAAGGAACGGUUGAGACAGAUGGGCGUACUGGGAUGCGUUUCUUGCAUCGUAGGGUCGGUAGUAAUUGUUAUUCAUGCCCCUCAAGAACAAACUCCGAUUUCUGUACAAGAAGUCUGGGAUUUGGCUACCCAACCAGCAUUUCUAAUAUAUGUGGCAGCUACAUUAUCCACGGUGCUAGUGCUGAUUGUGCAUUUUCAGCCUCUCUAUGGGCAGACAAAUGUACUGGUUUACCUAGGAAUUUGUUCCUUAAUGGGUGCAAUUACGGUUGUAAGCAUAAAGGCAAUCGGGAUAGCAAUAAAACUUACUUUGGAGGGGAUCAAUCAAUUUGGAUACGCUCAGACUUGGUUUUUCCUUUCGGUUGCGGUGAUCUGUGUGAUCACACAGUUAAAUUAUCUGAACAAGGCACUUGACACUUUCAAUGCUGCAAUUGUUUCUCCUAUAUAUUAUGUGAUGUUCACAACUCUGACUAUCACUGCGAGUGCUAUAAUGUUCAAGGACUGGUCAGGUCAGAAUCUUAGCAGCAUAACCUCUGAAAUAUGCGGAUUCAUCACGGUUCUCACAGGAACUGUCAUACUUCACAUGACAAGAGAAGAAGAGCCAACAGCUACCACAGGAAUUCCAAAAGGAACCAUAACUUGGUAUGAUGGAGAUCCAUCAAAAGCUUUACAAGAGGCUCCUUUUAUCAGAUUGGAUAACUCAGACUACUUUGAUUAACCAAAAAUUUUGACAUACAAACAUGGAACAUAAUUAUAAUUCCCAGCUGUUAUCCUUUUCGCCACAAACCAAUGCCUACACUUCUGGGUUAAUGGAUUCACGGGCAGAGUUUAUUCUGCAACAAAGGAAGGAAUUUGGCCUUCUUUAACCUCUGCUGGGAAUUGCAUCAAUGAAGUUACCUACGAAGAGAAUUUGUAGAUAUGCCCCUGGUUUUUUAAUUCUUUGUUAUUAAAAGUUCUCUUUACGAUCGUUUGCUUUAAGAUAUGUUUGUUGCUGAUUAUAGUUUGACUUGAUUCCCCCCCCC